AUGGCGACCCUCGUGCCAUCCUCCUUCCCAUCACGCCUGGAUGGUGACCCUUCGCAGUCCUCCUUGGAGCACGGGCCUUGCUGUCCUCUCAAGAACAGAGCGUUGCGGGUAAGACAUCUGUAUAUUUGUGAUUUUCAUAAGAACUUCAUUCAAAGCGUCCGAAACAAAAGAAAGAGGAAGACAAGUGAUGAUGGAGGUGACUCUCCUGAGCAUGAAACGGACGUCCCAGAGGUUGACUUGUUCCAGCUCCAAGUGAACACUCUGCGACGUUACAAGAGACAUUACAAGUUGCAGACUAGGCCUGGACUCAACAAGGCUCAGCUAGCAGAAACUGUCAGUCGUCACUUCAGGAAUAUUCCUGUGAACGAGAAAGAGACGCUUGCGUAUUUCAUCUACAUGGUGAAGAACAACAAGAGCAGGCUGGACCAGAAAUCAGAAGGUAGCAAGCAACUAGAAUGA